AUGUUUGUAACAAGUUUCAUAUCUGAUCAGUUGAGAUUGUCCCGACGUGUAAUGAAGAGCGUGCCAGUAAAAUCUUUUUACUACCAGCGCUUCAUGCAAGUGCUUUCUCGUUGGCCUCGGGACAAGUGCAAAGCACCGGAAAGGGAUCUUCGUAUGUUUUUGGAGAAAGAGCUUGACAAGCAGCUUUCUGCGGAUCUCAAGAACGGCUUGGUUGAAGCACAUGUGGAACAAAAAUUGAAAUGUUUUGAAGCCAUAGUUUCGGAUGAGACGUUGAAAAAGUAUCCACUGAAUUACAACAGCGGGAUUUUUGGGGAACCCGUGGAGUAUUCCAGUUAUUGGACAAGUGAUAGGGGACGUGAAGAGUUGUCUCUAAAGAAGAAGAGGGCGAGGACUUGGUUCCACGGGUUGUUUUUUAAAUCGUAA